GAGAAGAGGAGGGGCAGAACUACUGGGUGGUCGUGAAGCUGGUUAAGAGUUCCUACGUGCAAGUGAUGGCCCACUGUGGUUGGGAACUUGUGCGUGUGCGUGUGCGUGUGCAUAUGCGUGGCUGCGCGGUGCUGGCCCACUUUGUCGCUUGAUGCGUGCGCGGCACAGCGCUGGUGAAGAAGGGAAAGGCCUAGAGGGAGAAGGUGGUGAUGAGGUAGAGAAAGAGCGAGGCUGCACAGUCCCGUGGCGACCCUGAUGCUUGUUUUUAAAGUGCACUCCUGCCUUUUUCUCUCUCUCAUCGUCUCCUGCCGCAGUCACUUUAAAACGUGGGGAAAGUAAACAUGGAGUUGUUCUGCCACGAAAAGGAAGGAGUCGUCAGGGCUCUGCUAGACCCCACCAUUUUCAGCGACGACAGAGUGCUGCAGAGUCUGCUGACUAUCGAGGACGCGUUUCUCCCACAAGCCUCUUACUUUCAGCGCGUGCAGAAAGACCUGCAGCCCUACAUGAGGCGCAUUGUUGCCACUUGGAUGUUGGAGGUUUGUGAAGAAGAGGAGUGUGAGGAAGAAGUUUUCCUUCUAGCAGUCAAUUACCUGGACCGAUUUCUUUCUGCAGUGCCAACAAAAAAGUCGUAUUUGCAGCUUCUUGGUGCUGUGUGCCUCUUCCUGGCGUCCAAACUGAAAUCAUACCGGCCAUUAUCGGCGAAAAAACUCUGUCUUUACACGGACAACUCGAUCACAUCUCAAGAGCUGCUGGACUGGGAGCUGAUAGUUCUGGGAAAAUUGAAGUGGAACCUGGCAGCUGUUACACCUCACGACUUCAUAGAGCAUAUCCUACGCAAGCUACCCUUACCUGAGGACAGAGUGGCGCUGAUUCGAAAACACGCACAGACUUUCAUUGCCCUUUGUGCCACAGAUCACAGCUUUGCGAUGUUCCCUCCCUCUAUGAUAGCCACAGGGAGUGUUGGUGCGGCGGUGUGCGGACUCCAGAUCAGCCGCAUGGAGAGCAGUGUCUGGGGGGAGAGCAUGACUGAACUGCUGGCCAAAAUCACCCAUAUUGAAGUAGAAUGUCUUAAGUCAUGUCAAGAGAAGAUUGAGCAGUUGUUGGCUAGCAGCCUCAGAGAAAGCCAGCAGCACAAGCAUCAGGAGGGCGGGGCCACCAACAAAGAGGCGGAGCCUCAGAGCCAGUCAUGCACCCCAACAGACGUGCGCGACAUCAAUUUAUGAUGGCAUUUCUUCCCCAAACCCAACAGAAUUCCUUGAUCUAGAAAAAAGCAAUUAUACAUAUAGAAUUUAAUUAUAAUGAUAUUUAAUAAUUAUAUAUACAUAACUUAAAAAUCUAUAAUAUAUUCCGAGAGCUAAACAACACAGAAUUUAAUGUAGUAUCAGAAGUACAUAAAAUACACAGUGAAACAAUAUUUCAGCAGUUAAUGAUUUAAAAAAAAGGAAAAACGUAUGCUUUAGGCUUAUAUACAUGCAUGUAUACUUGGAAAACUAAAACUGUAAUUAGUAUUAUUCAUUUUAUUAUUAUUAUUAUUAUUAUUAUUAUUGUGUUACUCCACACUAGUUAAGUGUCACAGUGAUUUAAUUUGUGACAGUUUCUAUUUAUCAGAGGGAGGUGCGUAUUGUGCUUGUAAUCUGCGUUUGAAUGAACAGGAAAGCUGCACUCCUGUGAGUGUUAAUCCAGGAAAACAAUUUUCCAGCCUUACUUAUUUUAGGCCAAAGACCAAAACUGCUUCCAAAACAGCAGUAUCUCUGUGAAUCGAGGACUGAGCACUGCAGAGCAGGAAGGUCUCUAAUAAAUCAAUACAGAAGCCGUAGUUUGCAGGUACAUUUUAUAGUGGAAGCAAAAACGAGCUAGUCACACGGUGCUUAAUAAAUUUACUUUGCCUUGUUGCAGUUUGGAGGUUUGACAUGUACAAAGCUGAUUUCCACUGAAUGAUAAUUAUUAGUGUUGACAAAGACACUUGCCUGUGCAGAUUCAGAAGAAUGCAGGUGAUUGCACAGGGUUAGGAUUGAGCGUCUGUUGGACUCUUGUAAGUAAAAAAAUGUAGAGGGAAAAGAGGAAGUGAGUGACAAUGAGAAAGGAAAGGCAAGUGAAUGUGAGGUUGCAGAAUAUACAGAAUCACUGUAGUGGUAUUGCAAGUAAGAGGCCUCUGUGAAUAUUCGGACAUCAGUACUGUUAUGCAAUAUCUAACCUGUAGAAGUUAAUUUAUUUAAAAUGAUUGCGCAAGUCCAGCAACUACAUACAAUUAGUUGGUUAUUGAUUAUUUUUUUUCUGUCUUUUUUUUUUUUCCUUUUCUUUUUUUUUUUUUUUUUUUUGAGGGGGUGUUAUUGAACCUCACAGUGUGUGAUGGACUGAUUAGCUUUUGUUUUCUGACAUUUUAAGGAACUCCUCAAAGCAAACACCAAACUUCAAUGCACUUUUUUCAUUAUUCCAGAAUUAUUAUGGUGUACAAGGAGAUGAAUAGAGGAUAUUUUUUUUAUUAGGUUUUUUUUUUGUUUUGUUUUCUUAAUUUUAAGUUAUUGUCUAUUCUGGGGCUGGUUUCCCAUCGUGUUAGGUAUACUUGCAGGGUUUACUGGUAAGCAUUAACCAAAGGUAGCUGAAAGAGGUUUGGGGGCUGCCUGCUGGACUCCAUCAUAGCAAUUGGAAAGUUAUGCUAAAGUUUUUCUUUUUGGCAAGGAGUUUAUGCAAGUCCAUGCAAGUUUAGAUAGCAUAUUGUUAAAUUUAUCUAUUAGUCUUUGUAGUGGUUUUAUUGUCGCUGUCUUAACAGCUCAUUAUUGUAAACAUUUUAAAAGUAUAUACUUGAAUUUCACUCUUGCUGAUUCACCUCAAAACAGUGCAUAUGCAUCAAUUUCCUUAAAAACCCAAACAUUUAUAAAGAAAGAUGUAGAAUUAACUAUACUGCCAUAUGACAAUUCAAUGUACUAAUAUGCUGUUAGACACCAAGUUACAUUCCAAUAUAUUGCAUUAUGUAUGGGCUACUGUAUUCUUGUGAGACCAUAUCAAAUUUAUAUUGGCCUUUUUUUUUUUUUUUUUUUUAACCUUUUAUCAUUUUGUUUUCCUUUCGUUGGGUCCUCUCUGAACAUCUAUUAAUAUGCUGCUAAAAAAGCUCUUUUUUUUUCUUUACACCGAUGGCAUUGUCUGCGUACAUUCCACUUUGUGUGCUGCUACAUUUAUUACAUGAUUAUUUUUGUAUGCUAGUAUGUCUUAGCUUUAUUUUUAUUUCCUUUUGGAGUGGAAGGUGAAGCAGGGCAGCUUGCACUUGUGUAACUGGUGUGAGUGCUCAGCAUCCCAUUGCAUGUCUUUGUUACCUUUCCAGCUGUUACUGUUGUGUUACUGCUAUGAAUUGCUCUUUUGCUUCUUGGCAAUAAGAAAAACACGAAUGCUUGCUGCUUUUGUACUUCAUUGUGUAAGUUUUUCAGGGAGCUUAUGCUGCCAAUUUAGAGAUUUUAAGAUUGAAGGGUGGAUAUUGUAACGUGGGCUGCUGUCGUGUUUCUUGUCAUUGGUUUACUUUUCGCUAUCAGACCAGGCCUUUUAAAGUCAAUCAUCACUGAUAAGACUCUUAACGAUGAGGACUAUUCACAUUCCAGUCCAGAUCUGGUGCUUCAUGUGUGACAGGAGCAAUGCAUUACCCAUGCAUAUGCACCAUGUAUUUUCUUUUCUAACUUUUUUCCCUUAUUUUUGUCCUAAAUGAUAUUUUACCUAAAUUACCCUCACAUGCAAUUUAUAGCAAAGGGAAGUGUAUUUUUAGGGUUUUUUUUUUUUUUUUUUUUAAACACCUUUGUUAUAAACUUGAGUUCAUGCCUAUUCCAACCUUCUCUUCCAACAUGUUGUUUGUUCGUGUGUCAGUUUGUGAUCUAAAAUAAUCUCCAUUGGUGCCAAAGUACUUCUUUCACUUAAAGAUAAAAAUAUUCUUCUCUAUUAUAUGUUUGUCCACAUUCCAGUCUAUAUCUAGUGAUAAAUGUGUGAUGCGGGCAAUACAUAGUAACAUUAUAUAUAUAUAUAUAUAUAUAUAUAUAUAUAUAUAUAUAUAUAUAUAUAUAUAUAUAUAUAUAUAUAUAUAUAUAAUGAUUUCUUUUGUGUAUUGGUUGCUAAAAUUGAUUACACUGAAGUUGUAUGCUAAAAUUUGCAGUUUGCAAAUUUUCAAAGACCAAAGGUUUAGGAAAAAAAAGUAGAAUUUUUUUUUUUUUUUUUUGUUAAACUUGUUAUUCGCUGGUUUAUAAGCUUGAGUCUGAGAAUAGUGCCUGUUCCACAUUCUCUCUGUUCAAUAAAAUUAAACAAGACA